AUGCGUCGCGAGCGAGUGUUGCUGAUGUUGCUGUUGCUGCUGCCAUUGAUGUUGCUGCCGGGCACGCACUUGAGUGGCGCAAUGGCGGCAAUGACGGCAUCGUCUGUUGACAAGGAUGUGGCACCAGUUGGCGAUGUAAAAACGGAUUUGCUGUCAUUGGAGCAGGAAAUUGGCGGCUCUGCGGUGCGGCAGGGAACAGUGCGGAAUCUGCUUCCGGGACGGCGGCGGCGUGGCAUCUUCUUUAGCGGCGGCAUCGCCGGAUUCCCCUUUGCCGGGUGGAGUGGUGGUUAUUCCUGGUUAUUUCCCGGCUACCCCUACAACUACUAUGGUUCCACUCCAGGUUAUUAUGGCUAUGGCAGUGGUUACUAUCCCGGUUACCUGGGCUAUCAGAAAAUUAUCAUCGGCUAA